CAAUUGGCUUACAUUUAUAACCGGGGUUUAGCAAGCAACGCCGCUCUCCAUUAUUCAUGUUGUAGGUAAUGUAGGAAAGGAAAGAGGGAGGGGGCGUGGAUGACAUGCUAGCUUCGCCACGAGAAGUAGGUGCCUAGGAGGCAGGCGCCUCGGUGUGGGUGUAUAUAUAUUUAUAUAUAAUCUGCAGCGCAUCUGUUCUGGUCUACAUUUCUUUCUUUCUUUCUGUCUCACUCCCUGGACCAAUAAAAGCCUUUGUCACCAAACAUUCCACCACCAUGAUUCGCCCCUCACUCACCUCCCUCUCCGUCGCGCUCACCUUCGCCAGCUCGCUGGUGCCGGUGACCGCAGGAGCAAACCUCGCGCGAUGCCAAACGACAGGCCCGAAUCGACGGUGCCGGGAUACCACUGGGUGCGGGCAGACGCCGUCCGUGAAGGCUGGCGAGUUUAAGGAUUACACCACCCCGGAAGGGCGCGAGUAUAGGGUGUGGCUGCCGGCGAGCUACGAUGCGAAGAAGUCGACGCCGCUGAUCCUGAGUUAUCAUGGCGCGGGUGGGACGAAGGAGAGGCAGAUGGAGUUGGAUGAGUUGACGACGCCGCUGUUUAAUACGGAUCAUAUUAUGGUGUAUUUGCAGGGGACUGCGGACGACCCAGACGACCCGACCCACACCACAUGGGAAGGCGCCCCAGGCAGUGAGUCCAACGACAUCAGCUUCACGCACGACGUCCUCGACCUCGUCUCCACCGAUCUCUGCGUCGACCCCAAACGCAUCUACGCCACGGGCAAGUCUCAGGGUGGCGGCUUUGUCGGGCGCCUCGCCUGCGACAGCGGCCUCUCGACCCGCAUCGCGGCCUUCGCCCCCGUCUCCGGCGCGUACUACAUCAAGGAGAUCAACAAGGAGGAGGACUGCCACCCAGAAACCGUCGUGGUGCCCUGCAAGCCCGGGCGGAAAGAUAUACCGAUCAAGGCGUUCCACGGCGGCGCCGACAAGACUAUCAAGUACCUCGGUGACUUCCGCUCCGGCGCGUGCCUACCGGCCGUCAGCAACUGGGCGAAGCAGUGGGCGGCGCGCGACGGGCUGAGCGAGACGCCGGUGAACAGCACGAUUGCGGAUUCGGAUAAUGGAGUCACGAUGAGCUAUGGCGGAGAGAAUGGAUUGGUCACGCUGGUGUACGAUGGCGAUGACAUCGGACAUGUGUGGCCGUCCAAAGCGGAGAAUCUCGAUAAUAAGGGGGUGAAUCUGGCGGCGUUUAAUGCUAGUCGGGUUAUUAUGGAUUUUUUUAAGGGGCAUAAGUUGCCUUAGGGCUUCAGUUAGCUUAUACGCACUCCAUUUCGAUUCGAUUCGGAAGACUCGGCCUGUUCAGUCGUUGCCCCUCUGGAUACCCGUCAAGCUUCUGGCUUGCUA